AUGAUCGAUUUGUAUGUACUUCUAUUGUUCCUUUCCUGCAUUGGAUCGACUGUUCAUGGACAGUCCCUACGUAUACUUCGAGGCAAGGAUGAACCAAAUGACGACAUUCAGCUACCUUCUGUACAAAGCGAGUGUCCCACUACAACGACUCCCCUUUGCGAUAAAUAUAAUGCUCGACGGUUCGAUUUCUCCUAUAACUGCUUUUGUCAAUGCAAUCAACCUUCAGGGAAUUACACUUUCUUCGAACCGAACAACUCUUGCAUAAGAGUAAGCGAGGCUCGUCAGCAAGCAGGUAAGAAUUGUUUUUGUUUUUCUUUGCCGUACUCAUGAUCAGAUAGAAGUCUGAAAAUGGACGUAAACUCUUAAGUCUGUUUUAUUUAAUAGGAAAAAAGGUUAGGAAACUUUUGCCUCCGUCUAUUUUCAAAAAUAAUUCUCGUAUACUGAAAGCUUUGAAUUAUAACUUUAAUUUAAGUGUUUUUCUUUCUAUUCAAAGACUGCUUCCAAGAGGCCGACAAUUUUUCUUUUAAGGUAGGAUAAGGUGCAGUGGUUUCGUUGUGGUUUCGGAUCUUCCCUUUUUUAUGGUAAAUAGACCUUUUUACCAAUACGGCGGCCAUAUUGAAUUAAUUCGAUUUAAGGAGUAUUAUAGGAUGCUCAGUGGGCAUGAGCACAUUUCGUUUGUAUUUUCGAGCGCUUCUCGGGACAUUUGUUCUUAAAGUUUUUUUAGAAUAGGAUUGUAAUGGGACAAAAGAUCCUUGUGCCGUGUUUUGAUGUAUAUAAUGAUCGCCCUUUUCCCGAGAAAUAUACAGUGAAAGACCAUAUUUCUAAUACUAAACUAGAAAAAGGCGAUUAUUGUUACAUCCAAACACGGCACAAGGAUCUUUUUUCUCAUUACAAUCUUAUUCUAAGAAAACUUUUAGAAAAAAGUUCCCGAAAAGCGCUCGAAAAUACAAACGAAAUGCGCUCAUGUCCCCUGGGCAUCCUAUAACACUCCUUAAAUCGAAUUAAUUCAAUAUGGCCGCCGUAUCGGUAAAAAGGCCCAUUGAUGGUAUGUACAUGCAAGAUUUUGUUUUCCAUUACGUGUCACCUAACAGGUUAUUAAGUUUCUUUCAACACCGCGUUCACAUAUUAACCGGUCGCUAACUAAAACAAAUUUUCCAACGAAUUUCGCUUUUUGCCGUUCGUAGGAUCGAUUAACACAUAAUAACUUCAAUAAAGUGAUACACGUGAAAAAUACAACAACUGUUGAUCAACAAACUUUUUAGCUCUCGUUGUUCAACAAGUUGAAACUUGUUGAGCGUUGAGCCGAGUAGAGCCCAUCCCGACCAUUUUCCUUCAACUGGUUCAACAUUUCGUUCAGCUUGUUUGAUCGAUGGCUUAUGUUAACAAUUAACCCCCCUAAGCUUUAGCCCUAAAACAAAGAAAAUAAAGGGAACACACGAGGCAAGCAAGAAUUUUUUAAACUCGGUAAGGUUGGAACCAACAAUCCUUGGAUUGUAUCUACCUUCGCUCUACCGACAAAUUACAAGGCCUUUCUGUAGCAAGUUAAGGGUAAUCACUUUUGGUUAAUUAGCAUGCUCGAUGCAGACAUCGACAUGGAAUACACAUUAAUAUCUAACCGGCAAAUAUUAAUUUAGAAGAGCGGGAUAAAUUUUUGUACGAUAAUAAACUGACUUCGCAACCUGAUUUGUUCAAAACUAUGGUCCAUAUCUUUCUAUAAAAAAAGAACAUAAACUUGACAGAUAUUGAGUAUAAUCAACAUUGGAUCUAACUGAAUUUGUUUUCCUCUCUCUUUCGCACAUCCUUUUUUCCCCAAAUUUGGCCGAAUUCGCUUGCGGCUCGUGGUUCCAAUUGACUUUGAACUAUUUCUACGUCAUUUAUAAUAAUGCCAAAAACGCAGCUAAGAGUGUUAACCUCUUUUCAGCCCGCAUAAAUGAUAAAUGGGACGCAAAAUGAGCCACGUGUAAAGGCUUAUGAAAAUUUAGUCAUUUCUUUGACACUUGAAAAUCAAGAGAAUUUCUGGCAAACCCGUUUACUGUGACUGGGCUGUGUACAGCCGCCCUGACCAAUUAGGAUUGCGAUCACUAGUGACGUCACAACCUUAACGCUUUAGGAACUAUUUAUUAUUUCAUAAAACGUUAUUCAGUUUUUUAUAGGUAAACCCAGAUCCUCAGCAAUGCUUGAUUUGUACCAGUUCUAAAAUAAUAUCUAUUACGAAAGGAAGCUGUGUUAAUAGAGUACAUAUAAAAUGACGCUAUUCAUUUUAGUCUAUUUCCCUUAAAAAGACAUUGAUGAAGGAGAGUAUAUUAAAAUGAUUUUAAAAAAUGUACUGAUUGCUAUGAAUUUUUUCAUAUUUCUUCCCCCUUUCUUGAACCACAGGAUGCGACUUGCUUUUUACCGACGAGACAGUAGCUGGCCAUAUAACGUUCUUUUCCCCAAAUGGUCCAAAUGAACCUUCAAAAUCCAUCGGUCUUCCGACCAACAAGACUUGCAGCUUUAACUUUUUGGGAAAACUUUAUGUUCAAUACCUGGACUGCGCUGGGGACUGGAAAGAAGUACCAUCAGACGAAGUGAAAGCUGACUGGGAGCUUACAACUGGCUGGGCAACAAAUCAGUUGCAAGUAUUGGUAAGCACAGAAAACGAACAGCGGCUGAGCUACCACUCUGUAGUGGCGGCCGAAAAAUAAAUGAACCUCGUCUCUCGACAGUUUAAAUGCUGCUGUGGGUCCUCUUAUUGUACUCAAAUAGGGGAACUUCAGAGAAAAAAACAAUCCACACCCCUCUCUCCUCCUCUCCAUUCAAAGUCGUUUUCUACGGGUAGCUCGAACAGCGGGACAACAUUGCAUGGAGGGGAUGGGAGAGGUCAAGUUUUGAUUUCCCCUUUCGAAGACGGUAAAAGGUCAGAAAGUCCCUUUAAUUAGGGUUAAGUGUCUUAACUUCUUUUGUCGUCGAUUAUAGGUACUGUGAUAUUGAUUUGACCAAGUGCAACAUCGUUAAUUUAAAAAAAGAGUUUCAUUUACACGACAGCAUGAAAAUUAUGAUACCCGUCCAGAAUCUUCACACUUGAAAAUAGAACUUGGAAAUGGCCAAUUUAUAUCUAACUAUGCUGAGCGAUUGAAACCGCUUUAACACAAGUUUGCUACACCAAAGUACUCUGGCUCGCUUAAAUGGCAUUUCAUUGUCAUGCUAGACGCGUUUAACGUCUGACACUUAAAAGUCCUCUGUUAAGCGCCACAGAACGGCUUAUUUUGCACCUAUUUAUCGUUCUUACACUAGACAUUUAAGUAGUCUUAAAAGGACUACAACGUCACAGACGACUUUAAGGCCUGUAGCACAAAAACGGCCAUAAAAAAUUUCUAACUGUGUCGAUUUGUCCAAUACACAUAUCACGGACUGAAAGAUGGGUAUGCAAAUUUCCAUCGUAACAAAAAUCUCGUGAAAUAAUCCCGUGCUGUAUUUUGUCAAACAGGUCAAGAGAAAUAUUUCAAAUUUUAUGAGCUCAACCAGGGGAAGGAUCUUCAGAGUAGCAAUUCAAUGUCGUGAUCCUAACAGCAGCAACCACGACGUAGGAAACACCACAUGCGCUAUGUUCAAAGUGGAAGGAGGAAUUUAUCGCUGUAAGAAAAUGCACAUUUGUGUAAGGUGCUUCAGACUACUAUCAACGACUCACUUUAGAGAGCUGCACCGUAAUUUUUAG